UUAGUUCAAGUAUUUGUUCCAUUGUAUUUUUAGAUGAAGCCCUAUCCAGGAGCAAAGCUUGUGGUCAGAAUGGCGCGCUAUGGUUGUACCAAUCGUCCUUUCUACCAUAUAGUUGUUACCUGGAACAGAUAUCCACGAGACAAAAAAAUUAAGGAACAGAUUGGCUUCUAUGACCGAAUACCCAACUUAAACGGAGAGCAGGUGCUCGGACUGAAUCUGGAUAGAGUUCGUCAUUAUUUUAAGUUUGGAGCAGAAUUUUCCAGGCCUGUACUCCAGCUUUUAGGAAUUGUGGGAUAUUUCCCCAUUCAUCCAUACACUCUGCUUGAGGCCAAAAGAAUAACUCGCCGUCGGGAAGAACUACAAAAGAAAGUUUUAGCUUUGCACAGUGAACAAAAAACUGACCAAUCAGAUGAGGAAGUGGAUAAAGAAUGUUUAGACAUUGACAAAUCAGAUAAGAUGGAUACUGACAUUGUGCCUACAUCAACCAAUCAGAAUUUAGAAACAUUAUCAGAAUCAUUAAGCAAAGCAAAAAAAUUGUCUGUAUUAAAAGUGUAAUAAAAAAAUACUCUUGUUGUUAGUUUCCUGCCUUAAGGUGCAUUAUAUAUUCAAAUAUAUUUAGAGGCAUCAUUUUAAAUUCAGUCACUCUUUACCCUGCAAAAUCAAGAAUUACAACGA